CAGCGGCGGUCCCCCACUAACUACGGGGGCUCGGGAGAAGAAAAUGGCGGAGAGAAACCGAGUCGCGGGCGGCGACCACAGCCCAGGCGGGCACGUGUCCCGGCAGGGAAGACCCUGGGCCGCCAUCCGGGCGGGGUCCAGUGGCCUCUGGACUUUGAAAAAUUCCGCAGAGGCGCCGUGGAAGAAUGGACCGACGCCAGGAGCCAGCGUGGAAGGCGUCCCUGGCAUCCGGGCAGACCACCCCACACGGCCUGCCUCGGUCAACACCUCCGAAAGGGCCGCGAGCCACCCACCUCAGGCGUUUCCCCUCCACGGACCCUGUCGGUCAUUUCGUGCGUCGGUUAGUCACGGCCACAGGACCUGGGGUGGGGGUGCGGGGUGGCGGCGCCGGCGUGUGCUGGUCGACCCGUGAGGGCGUCCGCGCCCGCGCCCGCUUAACAGCCCUGCAAGUACAAUCUUUGGCCAAGAGGCCGGGCGCUGAAGCUCCGCCGCCACCGGCAGGAUGGCGCCGGCGCCAACGGCCUGCUGGAAGUCCACCGCCUUUGAAGCAGCCAAAUCGUCUCCCUCCGCCUCCAGAAGGGACAGAAGAUACAAGGGCGGCCGCCAGGUGGCGCCCGACAACCGGCGCUACUGUGAGCGGAAAGAGCCGUUGGGGCCGGCCCCCUGCCGCCCUUCCGGGGGACGGAUCUCGUCCGGGCGCUGCACGUCAGUUUCGGAGCUCACGGCCGCCGCGGCAGCAGACGAGGGGCUCGGAAAGAAGACUUUCGGCUUUUGGGACGCGGCAGCCAGGCGAACGGAGCAACAAGAUUGUGCCUGAGACCAUUCUUUAUUCUGAUCUGCGGUGGCCUGGGGAACCUUGCUGGCCAAAGUUCCCCUUAUCUGGCACUGGAACUGGGACAGAGGCUACAAGCCAAUGCCAUGGAGCACACAUCUACCUAAGACAGGAUUCAGCACCUUCAUCCCACAGAGCAUCACCUACAACCUCACCCUCUGCUACAGAAGUCCUGACUGCACAGCCCUUUACCAUGGACUGGAGCUGGAGAGCCCUCUUCCUGGUGGCAAUGGCUACAGUCUUCCAUAGCUCACAGAACAAGGAUCUUGAACAUAUCAGUGAGAACCAGGCCACAGGGAGAGUACAACCCACUGGAAAGCCUGUGUUUCCCUCUGUGUCAGAACCAGGCGAUCCUCUAUCUCUGGGACACAUGCUGAGUAAGUUCAAAAGAAGAUAUGCCCCACAGAGGUUCCAGAAUGACCAAGAUGCCUGACCUCAGUUCCUCUCCACUUACACGGGAAAGGCUGCCCCACAUGUGAGUUUCAAUUUCAGCUCCAUGGUAAAUCCUUCCCUGGGUUGUGGAAAUUCACAGCUCUUGAUUCACAUGAGUCUGAGGCUCACAAAAGCCUGAGUCUCUAGGGAAGGCAGAACUGUGGUCAAUGGUCUAGAAAAAGAUAAGACUGCUGGAUCUCCUGAGCCAGGUGACAGCCCCCCAGGUUGAGUGUCUCAGAUGUCAGACACAGCUUUAUGGGGUAUUGUGAUUGCACAUGACUGACAGAGAAGGAUGCCCUUGUUCCCAGGUGUCCUAUCCAUGGUAGAGCUGAAGGAGUCAGGCCCAGGACUGGUGAAUCCAUUGCAGAUCCUCUCCCUCACCUGCACAGUUUCAGGGGGCUCAGUCACCAGACUUAGCUACAGGAUUUCGAUCAACCAGUCCCCAGGGAAGAGGCUGGACUUGGUGGGGUAGUGGACAGGGAGCACAAGGUACAACUCAGUUUUUCAGGGGCAAAUCUCCAUCAGUGAUGAUAUGUCCAUGAGCCAGUUAGCCCUUCAGCUGAGCUUCCUGACCACCAAGGACAUGGCCCUGUUUUAUGGGGCAAGUGACACAGUGGAUGGAAGUCAGCGGGAACCCUGCAUUUCUGUGAUAGUCUGGGAUUGCCUCUUCAUCUGACAUCUGCUUCUGCAUCUUCUCCAGAAUUGGGGUUGGAACACUGACAGGACAGACAACUCAGCAGCAAAUGGCAGCUCCAAGGACUUCCAGGCCAUCAGUUCUCAGAUCAGUGGUCAAUCCUGACAGAGAAAAAAAAUGUCUAGUUGUGUUGGUAAUUAUCACAGCAGCCUAGAAAAAGCACCUGUGGCUGCAGACACUGUGCAAACUUGGAGGGACUCCCACCUAAAGUAGCUUCAGAUGUUGUGUGUGAUAAUGCCCACCUACCAAGUGAUCAGAUGGAGCACAGUUGUAACACGAUUGAGGUCUUGCGAGAGCCAGUCAAGCAUCUGUUUUGGGGAUGAAUUGGAUUCUGAGAGACAGGACAGGAGCCUGGCUCAGGGUUUGUUGUCCUCACAGGGUGAAGACUGGUGAAGUUUCUCAUGUUGGGCGGGAAUUUUGGUGGAUGGACUGUCCCACCAGGGACAAAGGAGCUAUGACCAAGGCUUUAUUAUCAGCAUGUCAAGAUGAGGAAUGACAUAGAUGAAGAGGAUGAGGCCUGAAUGCUCCCAGACAUCCUGAAAAAAACUGUGUUUGGACAUCAAAAACCACUUAGCAGUUGCAAUAAUAAGGGAACGGGAGCUCGUCAUGCAUUGUGUGAAGAGCAAUCCAGGGUUAUGAGCAAGUAGAUAAGAACAGACAAGGGAUUCGACAGGGAUCUUGUUGAGACACCUUUAGUAGAAGUUUCCACUGUCUGAGAUUUUUGUCUUUGCUUUAGAAGUCAUGGGCCAACUGCCUCUUUCAGAGGAUUGCAGCUUCUGGAGUGUCUGAGAGCCCUGACUUAGACCUCCUUCACUGGAGCCAUUCUCAAAGGUAUGGACUUCAUACUUGCUCCGUGAGCUAUGAGGUGUGGAUCCAGGGGCACCUGUGGAGUUUUACUGUGGCAUUUGUUAACACAUUCAAUAAGGUCUCACCUGUGAGGUUCAUAAGCCAUUUCCCCUGAUUCCUCAUUCAGUAGACUAAUCCCAGUUUAGUGAUUUUGUAAAAGAUACAAUCACUUUGCACUUCAGUUUUCCUCCUUCUGAAACCUUAACCCAUCAUGAGCUCCCAGUCCCCUUCCCAGGGCAUCAGCCUCCUGAUCUCCUUCCAGCCAGGUAUCAGGUGAACUCAGGGACAGCAGAUUCCUAGGUUACUGUAUAUGAAAAGGAAGCAGGUCAAGUCAUUUGCAAACUUCUCAGAACACCUGUUGGCUCAUAAUCAGUGCCUGUGUCUCUCUGGAAGAAGGUGACUCCAGGGGCUCAGCAUCCCAUGUAGUCUAGGAAACUGGGAGGCUUCCUGAGACCUCUUCUGUGGGAAGGAGAUGCCCUUCCCUGGGGGAAGUGAGACUAAAGGAAAAACUCAGUAUGUCUAACAGAUGUCUCGGCUGCAGGUGCUAACCUGAAUGGCUCAUUCCCUGAGACAGAGGUUGCACCUGCACUGCAACCCACAGGACCAGAAACCUCAGGCAGGUCAAGGAAAAGAGUAUUAUUUACUAUGUAAUUGUUUCUACAUAAAAAUAUACAUAUUUUUAAUGAAAUUAUGAUUAUCCAAUUUGGCAACCAUGAGUCUACAUAAUGUGUCUCAUUGUGCUUGUGAGAAUAUUUGUAUAUUGUUGUAGAUCACUGUGUGUGGUUUCAGAGACUGUAGCCCCAUGAGAGCAGGACUUGAGAGAGGCCAGUAAGUCUCUCUAGAAAGCUGGGAAAUGCAGGUAGCAGGCACAACCCAACACUAACACCAAGGGUUCCCGUGGAAAAUCAGGUCUGAAAUGUACAUUGAAUCCUUUGAAGCUUGCUCUGCCUUGCAAUAGCCCUGUUGAUAUAAACCAGAUAUUUAAGUUCAAAGCAUAAGGAGUGAACUCCCUGAUUCAUGAAAUACACCUUUACAGCCAUUUGAUGUUAGCAUGUCUCACAGGCCCUGACCUGAGAUGAUCUCUGUGUUUCUUCAAUUGUUAUGUAUAGAUAAUGUAAUUUUUUAUGGCAAUAGCCUUUUGGACAUUGGUUGAUAAGCUAUGCAUGUGUACUGUAUCCUCCUGCACUUCCUGACCCUAAUAAUAGCCAAGUAGGAGAAGGGCUCAGGGUUUUUGCACUAGAGGGAAUUUCCACUCCCUUUCCCUUCAGAACAACAGAUUGUGUCCCAGACAAGUUAUUCUCAUCUGCAGCACCUGGGAGAGCUCCACUGGCCAGGAUCUCCCACAGUGUAUAAUGUUAAUCAAUUUUACUAACGAAUCGAAUGACCCAUGAGGUUAAAAUAGUGUGAACAACUCAGCCAAUCCAGAUUUUAUUUUAAACAUAGAAAGAGAGCUGUCCAUUGACAUGGUUCAAAGGUGUCUCAAUACCCAUGCUGUCUCCUGCUUGAGAACUUCACCAUCAAGUCCAAGAGAAGAAAUGUGCUCAUGACCCAGGAGAACAUGGGACAGUGACCUCAUUCCCUCCCAACUUUUAAGAUCAGAGAGCCCCACAUGAAAAUUUCUCUUCAGAUCCAGGUUAAAUCCUCCCCUGGGCUGUGGAGCUCACAGCUCUCCCCUCACAUGGGACAGACAUCUCUGGGAAUGGUGGAGAUGAGUUACAGAAGAAUAUGAGACUGCUGGGUCUCCUUCUGUGCUUGGUGACAACCCCCCAGGGCUAGUGUCUCAAUGUCAGACAUAAAUCUAUAGGAUGGUUGUGAUUGCACAUGACUGACAGGGACUGGUGCUCCUUGUCCCCAGGUGUCCAUUUGUUGGGAACUGCUCUGCCUGGUUUCAAGAGUUGUAACUACCUCCCAUGGCUAAGGUUGAGUGAGCAACCUCCAGAAUGCAAGCCACAAAGAGACAAAGCUUGUCUCUGGUAGCAAACAUUGCUUUUGCUUCAUCCCCCUGCCCCCAAUGCAUGGUUGGAUAGUCAGAGAUGGGUACAACUCCUCAGAGGAGGGGCAACCUAACCCAGACAUGAUCACUUGGGAGACCAUCAUGGAAGGACUCGGGGGGCUGCAACAAAGAGGAAGUGAUGGACCCUCACCCCCUUGGGUAUUCUGACAUAGCCCGAGUCCCCAUGUCCUCUGGGAAAAGCGCUUCCUGCUCUAAUCCACUUAAGCCUGAAAACCUGUGAUGGGGGAGGUGGUGCAGCUUCUUGCCAGCUAGAGCGGGACCCAGGGUAGUCAGGCAUAAGAAAAAAUUCCUAAAAGUCCCAUGAAACCUGCUUUGCUAGGAGUGCUUUCAUUCAUAUGUUAAGGGUCCGAGCAGGAAAUGAGUAUGUCUCCCAACGUUUCUGCAAAACCCCCUUUCCUGACAGACACUGACUCAGACUAAGCCCUCAGAUUUCUUUGAUAUGUUAUCUACUGUUUGAUCCUUGCCACCUGUAUUCCUCUGUAUUACAACCCAUUAAAAGUUAUUGAGGAAGGGGCUCCAGACCUUUUUCCUCUGAGAGAUUGGCCACUUCUCCUCCACAAGCAGAUAAUGUCUUGGUAGUGUUACUUUCAUCCGUGGUGGAUGAGGAGUCUUUCGGGCAAAGUCGCCCCCACAUCCACUCUCAGGUGCAGUUGCAGGAAUCAGGCCCAGGACUGGUGAAUCCCUCUUGGACCAUCUUCCUCAGCUGCACUAUCUCUGGUUACUAGAUCACCACUGGUCACUGCUGUAACUGGAUCCAUCAGGCCCCAGGGAAUGGACUGAAGUGGAUAGGGUACAUAUGUAAUGAUGGAAGCACUUCCUACAGCCCAUCCGGAUCUUGAGAGAUCUGCACCUCCAUCUCCAGAGACACAUCCAAGAACUAGUGCUCCAUGCAGCUGAGCUCCACAACCAUUGAGGACACAGCUGUGUAUUACUGUGUAAGAGACAGAGUGAGAAGAAAGUGUCAGCCCAGACACAAACCUCUUGUCAGGAGACAGGAGGAGUGGCUAUAUGGUGGACCCAGGACACCAGGGAGUAUUCAAGACAAGAGUAGGGACAGUGGAAAACUACACUUACACUGCUCCACAGAUGCUGACACUGGUCCACAGACUUUGAUACACCAGGAUCACUUUUUCUGCCUAUGCUGUUCCUGCAUCAGCACCUGCUUCUGCUCCUGGGGAGACACCCAUCCAUGUUCCCCAUGGUACUAAUCUUAGGGCUUCUUGCUCUGUGCUUUGAGAAUGGGGACCUGUAGCUAUACGUCAGAGAGACACCCCACAGUUCAUAUCAGUGUUGGCUACACUGACUGGAAAAGGGUACCUUGGUCUGACCUUCUCCAAGACAAGCCAGUACAUUCUUACCAUAGUCUCUGAAAUUUGCAGGUGCUGGGAGAAAACAAAUCCACAAGGGUCGACACUCUCUGGUCUUCAUGUCAACCAUGCUUGCUUUUGUUUUGUCAUCAAAGUUGGUCACUCAUUCGGUUCCAGUCAGUAUGUUGAUCCUGCCCAUGUGCUAGGAACAGGGGACAGGGGAGACCUGGGUUCAUUACUACAAAUACCACCAGUGUGUGUGUGUGUGUGUGUGUGUGUGUGUGUGUGUGUGUGUGUGUGUGUUUGUGUAUGAUUUAUUGAGCAGUAGAAAUGCAUGUGACAGUAGGGCCACAUGCAGGGAUACUCAGAGGGGACCUGCAAGCAGAAGAACCUGAAAACCUCAGAGUCCCCCAAAGCUCCUGAGAGCUUCAGGACUCACCAAGGUCAGCUAAGCCAGUGCAUCUGGCAGUUGCAGCCAUUGGGCUCCCUGGUGCCUACACAGUGCACUGGGCAGAGAAUUCCUGCAGAGUCAUGGAUCCAGUCGGGUCAUUCUCUUUACCCUAAGAUGUCUAAACACAUAUUGUCCCUGAGAGAGUGUCCUAAGUCAAGACUUAGCCUUUAAUUCUGCACUAGAGCCACUAACAGGUCCAUGUCCUAUGAGUCAAGUCAAAAGCCUCUCCUGCAGGGCUUGGGCUGGGCAGCAGGGGGUUCAAAGGACCCACAACCUCAGCCUUUGGUUUCAGAUGCAAGAGUGAGGGAGUUGGGGAGGGAUUUUCUCUGAGGGUCUGGGUCUUCCUCUUUUCAUAAAAAGCAUCUCAAAUAAGGAUUGGACAUGAGAUGACUGUAAACACGCUAUUUCAUCAGAGAAUUUAACACACUAAGACAAGAGAAUCACAGUCAGUGAGUGUAUUCCUGGGGCUUCUUUAUAUCUGAAUGUUAAGGAGCCAGAGACAGGGAUGUUUUUUACAAUUUAUUCAGUCCUGCACUUUGAAGACAUGCUGAUCCAAGGAAUAAAACCUACAGGUAUUAAAGCCCAGACCUGGUCCAGGUGGUCUCUGAGUCACUCAAAGGUAGGUUUUCAGUGAGGAGCAUAUCCUGUGGGGGCUUAUACCUCAAUGGGAGGAGCUAUGUCUGCACAGAACUCACAGACCUGGCAGGGGACUUAUACCAGGUAACACUGAUUAGGACUAGUACCAUGAGUCUCCUUUGAGCAUGAUCUGUCCUCUACCCUCUGCCAGGUGGAGUCAUAUAAUCAGUUAUCAUAUGAUCUGCCUGAUGACUAUGCAAACGAGAAUAGGUAGACAAUGUUAACUGUGGGUCUGUCUGUGCCCUGAGAGCAUCACCCACAGCCACACCCUCCCCUGUGAAACAGUCCCUAACUAUGGACUUGACCUUCAGAGCCCUCUUCCUGGUCAACAGUGACUACAGAUUGGGAGCCCCAAAGGAAAUGAGUUGAGAAGGAGACCAGGGACAGUCAAAGUGGAUUUCCACCCACCACAUCCUGCUCCCCGCAGGUGUACACUCCCAGGUGCAUCUGGUGCAGUCUGGGGCUGGGUUGAAAAAGCUGGGGCCUCAGUGAGGGUCUCUGGCAAUGCUUCUGGAUACACGUUCAUGAGCUAUGCUAUGUUCUGGGUAUGACAGUCCCAGGGGCAGUUCUGCAAUACUUGGGCUAGAUCAACACAAACCCAUGUAUGCCCACUGUUUCUCAGAACUACUUUUCUUCUCCAUGAACACUUCUGUUGGCAAUGCCUAUCUGCAGAUUAGUACCUGGAUGUGCAAGGAUACAACCGCAUAUUACAGUGCAAGAGUGUCAGUGUGAUGACCCUGAGAAGUGGAACAGCUGCACUGUGCUGAGAAGAUGAUAGGGCAAUUAUCCUCAUGACUUCCUCACAUGCAGUCAUGGAUCAGAAACAGAACUGAUGCAGCCACAGGCACAUCAGGAAUUCAGGGGAAGUUUCAAGGAACCAAAUGCACUGCAAGGAAGAGUCAAGAAAGAUGCUCCUUAAAGGACCUUUGAUAUUUACUGUGCAUGGGGACACAUUGGGAUCUUCCAUGUCCUCUGAAUGAGAAAUGUUCAUGGAGGCCUCAUCUGGGUAUCUUGGUCAGGGUCAGGUUUAAUGAUUUUGACCGUAUUGACUCCCCAGCAUGUUCUAAGACACCCCCAUUUCUGAACAAUGGAAGUGUGCUUGGUGAAAAGUACAUGAAUGCCAAGCAGGAAUUUCUAUGCCCUUGUCUCUGGAAAAUCAUCACAGGGAUGACAUUCAAGGAGUGAAGUUGAGGGUUGACAGGUGUUCCAGGUUCCACCACAAUCUACAAUAUCAUGGUGUUCUAAUAUUCUUCAAUCACGUAGAGUUCCUAAGGAGUCUCCUUACCUGAGACCACAGCCUCGUGAGUGUCCCUGCCCCUGGGCAGUACUAGUCAUCAUACAGCAGGAAACAGGGUGGGGACAUGCUCGACAAUGGGAGGCCCACAUCCAACCUGUUCCAUGUUCCUAUGGCAAUAGAAUUAAUUCUCACAUAGCUAGGGAUGCCAUUUCUACACAUUUAUUCAUGUACAAACUGCAGGAUGGAUCAUGGAAUUCUUUCACUGGACUGAGGUUAAGGUGGUAGAAAGAUCACCUUUUUUUCCAGAGGCUCAGGCAGUGAUCUCUUCUGAAAACAUGGGUUUCCCCAGUUUAUGUUUAAUUCCUCAAUCUCAAGGAGGAUACUAUUAAAAAUGGACUAUUUGGAGAUGUUUAGGUCAUGACAGUGCUCAAAAAAAGCAGUUAUUGCUUUUCUCAAUAAGCUCAGAGAACUUGCUGAUGCUUCCACAACAUGAUGACCUGAAAAGAAGCUGUCUGAUGUGAACCAGGAAGGGAGCCCUCACCAUAAUGCACAAUAGUGAUGAAACCAAAGGCAACUCUUACUACCCACAAUUCCAACAGCCAAUGCUCGAGAGUCAGAGGUUGAUGUAAAGGAGAAUGGUUUGGUUCAGGUGCUGGCCUGCAAGAGGAUGAGAGACUCUCAUAUCAAAGCCCAUUAACAUCUCAGUGCACUGAGGUUUUUUUUAUAAGGGAGAGUGACAAAAAGAACAGAGAGUUCAAGGGGAGUGGCUGUGGACGUUCAGGCAGUGUCCUUUCUGGUCCCGAUACAGAUCGUUGUCACAAUUCUGGAACUGGUUGGUGCCAACUAAAUUUUUGCCGUUGGGCCACUUGUGUCACCUGAAACUGUGGUCAAGGUGGUUUGUUCUGCAAGCAGGACUAGAACUGGUAGCACAUGCAGUAUGCUAACAAAGAUACUGUCAGUAUGAGAUACUGUUUAAACUUAGUACUUCUAACUCCAUUUCAUAGUAAGUCUCAGCAGUAUAAAGUUUUAUUUCAUGUUUCAAUUUUCCUGUGCCAUUUUCUUCCUCCAUAUCAAUGGGUCUAUUGGUGUCCUGUGAAUCUUCUGGGGGAAUUAAAAACAUGAGCCUGUUGGAAAGCAAAAUCUUGUGAGUUAAAAGCAGGUUUAUUUUUUUAGAGGUCCUUGCCUAGCAGAUUCUAUCUCCCUGGCAUGGGAAAAGCAAGUCAUAAAGCACUUCAAAACAAUAAACAUAGGCAUUAUGGAGCAAAGAAUAUUCAAUCUAAUUAAAAAUCCCUUCUCUAAGGAUGUGAGUCCCUGCAGUAUUCAUGAAAAUAGACUCAUAAACCAAUCUCAUGUUCCUUCAAAGAGACAGGUGUGGUAGCCAAAUGUUUGUUGAUUCCAGGGGGCCUGUCACCUAAUUUAGGUGAUGCUUGUUUCCAUCUGAGCUGAAGUGCCAAUGUAAGAAUAACAAGAGGAAUGAUGGUCUUGCAAACUUCUCCUUGUUCUGGUAGUAUGCAGUCUAAGCAAUUUAAUUAUCUAAGACAACUGUAGCUAGAGAGUCCAGAGGUUUCUGAAUAUUAGGAAGUGAGAUGCCCAUUUUAUUGGAUACAGUGGUUUAAGUCUUGGAGAGAUUCUAAAGUACAUACUGAUGUGCAGCUGCUCCCGAGCAGGGUAAUACAGUACAUCUAAAGAAAUAUUCAUCAUCUUGUAUUUCUCCAGGGAGAUCUCAGGCCAUUUGUGUGCAUGUUGAUUGAUCAUUUUGUGGUCUCAUCUGCCCACACAGUUUUAGUUACUUGCUUAUAGAUCUCAGUCAGGAGCUGGUCCCCUCUCCCUUCCCUGAAGUUGCACCUGGAGUUUGGUUACAUACUACAGUGGGACCUGGGAGAAAGCUGUUUCCUUUUAAAAUAAAAAACUUCUUAGGUCAGCAAUUUACAGAUCAAGACCAGUUCCAGCAAAAGGAUGGGGCAUUCAUCUUAAUAGAGAAAGCAGUGUGAUAACUUUAAUCUCUGAGUUGACAUUUUAAUAGCCUGAGAUAUGCUUCUUGCUGUAUUUGUCUUGUUACCCCAAUGACCAAGACUGAGUUUUUUGGUCAAUUUGGUGUUUUAUACAGAGUUCAUGGGUCCCAGGUCUAUGUUUGGCUCCUGUGGAGAAAUAAUGAUGGUUUUAGAGGUGUCUACAGGAGCCUGUUGGCCCUCACAUCCAUUAUUCUAAUCAACAUGCCAGUUCACCAUCUGCCUAUGUGCCACUUUUUCCUCACUUGUCUUCACAUGGCUGCUUCCAGGCACCUGAGUUUUCUGUCUUGGGGAUCAUUGGUACCUGGCCUCUCAUUCUUGCUCUGAUUUUGUCUAACUGCCUACACUAUUUCCCACUCAAGAAUUUUGCCUCUGAGUCCUUUUAGGGGAAAAUGGUGCCAGACUAUUCCUGCAACUGCUUCCUGCUGUGGAGGACUAUCAUUGUCCUUCAGAACCAAGAGAUCCUUGCUUUCAGUAAGAGGGGAGAUGAAGCCUGAACACAGACAAGGAUGGAGAUGGUGCCUGGAGGUGGUUCUCCUUGAGUCAGAAUAGGGCUAGUAACCUGAAGGAGUCAAAUUGCUUUACUAAUCUCAUUAUUACUGAAGCCAGAAAAAGUUAGGAUCCAAUUCUAUUUGUAAGUUUUAAAAAUGAAAACAACUUAGUGAACUAGAGUUUAAUUUCCAUAACUGUGUAGUAGAGUAUACUGAAAAUUAAUUUCUCUACGUAGAAUCAUACUUCACUUUUAUCAAAAAUCCAAAUUAAGACUAAUUCAUUUAUAGCAUUAAGUUCAGUUUUGAUCUGGCCUGGUUAUUUGCAAAACAUAACAAGAAUACCAACUGAUCAUGUAGGGUCUAUUUAAUGUGCUUUGCUGAUAUCUUAUAAGAAAUUGCCAGAAUGAGAUUUAGUUACACCAUGAAGCAAAGGAGUCAAACCCCCUGGUUGCUAUUAGGUUUUACCUGCAAUACCUGUAACUUUGAGUGAGUUCCUUAAGUUCUUGAGGUUUUCCAAAAUGUCCUGAGCUCUCUCCUGCCAUCUCCCAGGAAAGCAACCCUCACUCCUUGCCUGGAAAGACUGCCAUGAACCUUCUGAAUAAGGAAGGUGCCAGGCCCUUUCUCCAAGUUACUUUUAUUAGCUUCAGGGUAUUUCUACAUGCCUUAAAGCUUUUGCUGACAUCCAGAGUCUAGCCAUGUCUCUCAGACAUGACAUUCCAGCAAAAUUCUUGGCUAAUAAAACCACAUUUGGAAAAAUGGCUUUAUGUGUCCUGUUAUGAGUAAAUCAGGUUCCUGCUUGAUUUAUUAAAACAAAUGUAUUGCAAUGGAAAUAAUAACAAUCAUUCAUUAAGUUUGUCCAAAUUCCAGAGGGGUCAAACAAGAACAAAAUAUAUAAAUGCCUUAAUAUUGCUUCUUAAAGUAUAAUUUACCAAACUGCUUUAAGAAAAAUGCAAGGCUUCCUAUAUCUAAAAAAAAAAUGAUUACAAAUUAACAAUAGUUUAAACAAA